ACCUGGACAUUGCUAUACACGACCAUGUUGUCCGAACGUGAGCCCAGUGGCUCGCCUACCGAGAAAGAGUCGCACAACGGCAACUCGUCGUCCUUGCACAAGACCAAUACACAUCCGACAGCGAAAACAACGACUCGAAAGAAGAAGCUCCCACCAUUCUUCGACCACUUCAAUGCGCGCGACCUCAAAAUACUCUUCCGCUGUUCGGUCGCAUUCUGGGUCGCUUCACUGCUCAUUGUCAUCGAGCCCACACUCAAGACGUUCGGCAAUGCCACAUUCUUCGGCUGUAUCACCAUCAUGUUCCUGCCACCAUCCGGUGUCGUACUCGUCUUUCUCCUCGGCGGUUUCACGAUGAUCUUGGGUAUGGCCCUGGCUUGGUCAUGGGGUGUCAUAGCGAUGAAAGCCGCACAGGCGACAAGACCACAGGCAGAGACUCUGGCUAGGCUCCAAGCCCUGGGGAUACAAGCGGCAAGGAACACAGGUGCGACCACCUACUCACCUGCGAGCGUCUUGGUCUACAAUGGUUUCAUGCUGGACACGCGCAUUACCGUCACCUUUUUCUGCAUGCUGGGCUUGUUUGUCUAUCUCAUGGCCAGGCUUCGCAUCAGAGUGCCUAAGCUUACCUUGACCGCCAUUUUUGCCUGGAUCAUCACUGACGUCUUUCUCACCAUCGGGCCGCUGCUCCCUUCUUUCCAAGGCACUAUACCCCAAGUUCUGAUCAAGCCGGCUGCCGCUGGUAUUGCUAUCAGUCUUGCUUGCUCUAUACUCAUUUUCCCGGAGUCAACUUCACACAUGACGCUGUACAACAUGCACAAGCUUGUCACAUCCAUGACUAGCUGUCUCGAUCUCACUAGAGGCUUCCUCGAGAACUAUCCCGAUACAUCGCACAUGGAGCCAAUACAGGGCUUGAGAGCCGGCGUUCUCGGAGGCUGGGCUGCUCUCGAACCGGCGUUCGGCUUCCUCUCUNUUGACCUCUCCUUUGGUUACUGGAGUGCUCAAGAUAUCGCUUCGUUGAGAGAGCCGAUUCGUCGUGUCAUGAUCGGCUCAAUGAGUCUUCUUGCCUUCGAAAUUCUCCAAGGCCGUUCUCGGGAGAGAAUGAAGCAACUUCAAUCAAACGACGUCAGGACACAGGAGCUGGCCGAGGCAGAAGACAAAGAAAAGAAGCACAUGUACGGGAAGCAUCAGGUCAUGCAAAGUCUCAAUCUCAUUGACUCCCUCCGCGAGCCAGAAGUUGGCCAAUCUGUUUCCAACUCGUACCAAGCGUUGUCACAAGCUAGCAAUCCGCUGCUUGAGGCUUGCAGAAACGCUUUCCAAGCCAUAACUCACAGCAUUCACGAGAACAACAGCAGGAGAUGGUUUGGCAGGAUGUCUGCCGAGCAGUUUGCUCAAAUGAGACAGUCGCAUGUUGAUGCGCUCCAAUAUCUGCGUGAGGAAAGAUCAAGAUUUCCUGAUGUCGCGAACGAAGCGCUCUUCGCCUCUCAUCAACAUCUAUUCGAUGAGAAUGGCAAGUUCCAUGGUCAGACCUCGGAACGACACAAAUUGACUGGCAUGUUCUUCGGAUUCAACUUUGAGGAUCGUCUCUUGAUACUGGCUGCAGCUCUCGAUCGAGCUCUAGAGCAGGUCACCCUCUUGGAANAGGAGCGUACCAGAGUGCGACUAUGGUUUCCGACAGGCCUGCGAAAAUUCGGUGCUUGGGCAUUCGGCGGCUCUCGUGCACCAGCUAUUGGAGCACCCACUGUCGAUGACGUUCCUCAAGCAGACAAGGCCACGAUCGAGGAAGUUCAGCAGAGCUUCAAAAGGGUUCACAGACCGACCAGAAAGCGCAACAAGGUUUCUGCGAUUAUUCUUGGUUUUGGACACUGGUUAAGCGAUGAUGAGGGUGUCUUUGCCCUUCGCGUACUCGUCGCCACUCUUGCAGCAGCUAUACCCGCAGUUUGCACCACAUCUGCUGGCUUUUACUACCGCGAANAAGGUUUGUGGGCACUCAUCAUGGCGCAAACGGGUACGGCAACUUUCUCUGCCGAGUUCAAUUUCGCGUUCACGACUAGGAUCUUUGGCAGCAUUGUUGGGGGUGUACUUGGCAUGGUCGGAUGGUAUAUCGGGAGUGGUAAUGGUCCUGGCAAUCCUUACGGUCUCGCAGCUGUUCUCGCUGUCUACGCUGUCAUUCUCAUGUGGUUCCGUCUGUACACUCCACCUCAGCUCUUACAGGCAGUCAUGAUUGGUGGUUCAACGACCAUCCUAGUCAUCGGUUACGGCUACAUUGACACCCACCUUCCUACCUAUGGCAAUCCUGGAUGGGGCUACGAGGUCUUCUGGCGUCGCACGGUUCUAGUACUGGUCGGGUUCGCUAUCAGCUUCAUCGUCACGCUGCUUCCUUGGCCUUCGUCACUAUCGCGAAACAUCGCUCGCAAGCUCUCUGGAGUGUUGAACCGCGAGGCCGAUCACUACGCUGCAUUGCUUUCGUCAUGGUCUGAUCUUGAAAGUCACGACAAACAUACUGCCGCAGUCGAGGCGGUGACCGUCCAACUUGCAGGAGAACUCAGUGCUUUGAGCGGCCCCAUCGGAAGUCUGAAGUUUGAGCUGUCUUCGAGUGUCUUCGACUCGAAGACUUGUGGUCACAUCAAGUCGAUUGCCGAAUUUAUCAACUACCAGCUUGCUCAUUUGCACAUCCGAGCCGCCACGCUUUCUCCCGAACUACGACAUCGAUUUGCCGUCGCGUCUGGCAUCCUUGACCACCGAUCCAUUGCGGAUGUUAUGGUCGUUCUGAGCAUCGUCGCCCAGAGUUUGAAGACCGGGGAUCCGUUGCCUGCACGAUUGCCGACGCCGUUGCUCAAAAAGUGCCUCGAACAUGGGCAUGGAGCCUCUGUGGAGAACCUGACAAUCGAUGUCCUGAAGAAAGAGGGCGUGAGGGGGUAUACCGUUUGCAUGAGCGCAUAUCUCGGAUUCUUGUCAGGCGUGGAUGAGCUUGUUCUUGCGCUGAAAGAAGCGGUCGGCGAAGCGCAUCAUAUCCCUGACGAUCUUAAGCUUGCUUGA